UUUAAUAGAGAAAGUAUGCAAUGCAUACAGCUCUGCUACAACCCCCCACUAUACUGCAUCUGGGGUAUUCGUGACUGGACGUCUGGGGGGAUCACACACAUUUCCGAUUAGGAGGAGGGAGGGAGAGAAAGAGAGAGAGUGAGAGAGAGAGCGAGCGAGAGAGAGAUUACCCUUUCAUUCCAGCCAAUGAGACGGUCGAUACACUAAGAUUUUCAUAGUUGUGCAGGAGCACAAAGUGAAGUGAGUGUGUGUGAACUUCCAGGUAAAACUGCAAACCAACUUAAGCUCCCGAUACUCAACUCUUCUCCUCUUUAAGCCCUUGAGGCCGCUGCUCCAGGCUUUGAUGCCCACACAGUUUGAAGCAGGUGGACAGACGCAGGCAUGAGUAACAGUGGGACCAAAGAGCCAUCUCCUCAGCCAAGCACUGCCCAGUCACCUCCUGAGCCUCAGCGUAGGGGCAGGGGUCGACCAAGGAAACAGCAGCAGGAACCCGUUGGACCACCAACUCCAAAGCGGCCAAGAGGACGACCAAAAGGCAGCAAGAACAAAGGCCCCAGAACUGCACUGAAGAAAGUAGAGCCCAUUGGAGAGAAACGACCACGUGGGCGACCAAGGAAAUGGCCCCAGAAAGUAGUUCUAGAAGUAACUGAAGAACAGCAGGGCCCUUCAGAAGAGGCUGAGGAGGGUCCCUCGUCAUCUCAGGCUGCAGCACAGGAGGAAGGGGAGUAGAUAGGACACCUCUCUACCUACCUCAAGGUUUGGCCUCAGACAAACAGGGGUAAAAUCUCCUAUCUGUGAUGGGGAUUCAGGAAGACACACAUACACACACGCGCUCAAAAGUAAUUGCAAUCAGUAGUUUCCUCUCCUGAUGUGAUAUCCUGAAUUUGUUAUCGAUUUUAAGAGGUUGGGUUUUUUUGUUUUGUUUUUUUUGGUAAACUGUGUUUUAACAUUGGAUUAUUUGAUCUUACAAUAAGGGUUUUUUUUUUUUUUAAUUGGAAUAGUUCCAGGUUUUGGGAAAUGCGCUUGUUCUCUCUCCCUGACUGUCAGAGAGAAGAAACAAUGAAUACCAUUUUCACAUAUCAAACAUGGAGCUCCUACAUGCAGCAUCUCUAAAGCUGUUAUCUCAUUUGUGAAAUCUAAAAAUGUAAAAGCAGUUUUUGUGUUUGCACGGAAUGUGUGCGCUUGAGUUUUAGACAUGCUGGUGGGUAGGUUUUAGCUCAGCAAACUGUUUCCACCUGUUUUGAGUCUUUAUUAUGCUAAGCCAGACCACCCUCCCUUUUUUGGUGUAUCAAUCUUUUCAUGUAACUCUCAGCAAAAAAAGCAAAAAAAAAAAAAGAGAGCGCAUUUCUCAUAAAAUCGAACUAUUCCUAUAUGUUUGCCAGCUUUCCUUAGCCCCUCAGUGUGCAUGGGUGCGUGUGAGUGUAUGUGUGUGUGUGGUGGCUGCAUGGAGAGGGGACUGGGCUGCAGGCUGAAAUGAGAGUGGUUAAGAAAAACAAAGGAACCAAACAAUUGUUUUAUUGAAAUGUUUCUAAAUCAAAUGUCAUGAAACAGGAGCAAGACAGUGACAUUUUUACCAUUGUUACAGUAUAGACAUGGUGCGCUGAAGUCAUUAUUAUGAAAGUUGUGUGAAAGGUUUUAAAUUGAAAAUGAAAUGUCCAAUUUUGGAGUGAAAAGGGGGGAAUCCUAAAAAACAGGAUUACAGUAUCAGGUUUUCUUUCUUCCAGUCAGCAGCUGAUUUGAGAGAAAACGUUUGAAUUAAUAUUUCAUUUUGAAGAGAGAAACCCUUCACACCGAAUUUAGUCAACAGCGAUGUUGACCUGUCAUUUUGCCACACUCAGGAUUUCACUAUUAACAGUGCUUUUACACCAUAUUGAAACCUCAGGUACAGAACUAUUCAGGAACAUGUUGUCUACUCAGAAAUAAUUAUGGUGCUGUGUUUGUUGUGCAUUUCUGAUCUGUAUUUGACAUUACCAGUAUGCCUUGACACAAAGACCUCAUUUAAACCUCAGUUACCUUCAGUUUCUUAAUCUCUCAUUCUACCUCAGUAACACAAAAGAUCUCCAGCAAAGUAAUUCUUCACUCCCUCAGCCGGGAUGUACACAAUUACUGUACACUCACAAACACACACAGGUUUAUGUGCAGAUAUAGAGUACAGUUGCACACAAGGUUUUCAGGCCUACAGGCCAACACAUGGAAGCAGAUGUUACACUCCUGCAGAGGUGUACAAAUAAAAUUAUCAGUAGAAGUUCUUUAAAAAACAAACAAAAAAAA